AUGAAUCUGACUACCAUUAGCGCUCUCACGGAGUUGUCAUUUGGUGUUCUUCCUUAUGUUAGUCCGCUAGCCUUUGUGUGCCUAAAUCCCAACAAAGUACAGAUUCUUGACCGUCAGACAGCUAGGGAUGCUCUGAAUGGCAUCUUACACGCCAUCCUAUUUCACCGACUCUUCGGAACUGUUAAACCAAAGACACUGGAAGUUCUCGACGUGACUAUGCCUGGCGUAUCCGACCCAGAAACUGAGCAGCUUGUGGCGGACAAGGUUGCGGCGUUUUGGAAGGGCAUCGAGAAUGGAGCGAGUAAGCACGGCCAGAUAAGCGUUACGUUCUCCCACAAGCAACCGAGGAAAUCGUGGUUCCAGGUCUACAUGGGUGACGAGGAAGUGCCCUGGGAGCAGUGGGUCAUCAACGCUGAACUCAGACAACCUAAAUCUGAAGAAGAUCGCCAGCAAGCUAAUGCGCAACUCGCGAACACGCUAACGAAGGCUAUCCAGACAAUGCUCAGCUACACCUCGUCCGAGCGCGGGCGUAGCGUGGUUCCACCGAUUACAGUCGCCAGCGGGAUAUCGCCUUUCCCCAUCAAAAUCGCCGUGAAAGUCGGUGGAAUAGAGGUCGACCCUGGGAAUUGA